AUGAUCCGCGCCACCUGCAGACGUCUAACAUCUAUUGCUGAUACAUGUGUUCCAUCUAAUUUUGUUCAUGCAACUGAUAUGGCUUUUUACUUCCCUCGAUUUCAACCGCGUGUUCAUCUCCAGACGCAUGGUAUACCAGAACUAAAAGAUGCUUUGGCGUUACUUCAACCAAACACAACAGGGUCAGAAAGACGUUGGAGAAAACCACAAAGUAUGUCAGAAGAAGAAUGGAAAAAGUCCCGAGAUAAGGCUCUUAUGUUAUUAGCUCGUGGAGAAGAAAUUAUGGAAAAUGUUGGUGGAGUUAAUAAUGCUUCUACAGCAGAUAUUUUGCGUCCAUUGUAUGCGAUAAAGUUUGAACUUCUUAGUGGUGUUGAACACUUACCACGUCCAGAGUAUGCGCAUCAUGUAAAUGUCUAUCGCCUAAUUCUUAAGCAAGCAGGUCGACUUCUUUAUUUUAAUGAUACAUGGAAUAAGUCAGAUAUUCAUCAUAUUGAUACUGCAUGUGUUAUAGUUGCUCACUUUGUUCGUGCUUUUUGUGCAUUAAAUCAAAAACCAUUUCACAUAAAAAAAGGAAAUGAAAAUAAGGAUAAAAGUAAUAAGUCUUCUGAAUGGUCAAUGAAGGUAGGUGGAAGUGGUAACAACGAUGAUGUCCUCACACUUUCUUUGGUAAUGGAACGUAUUGAUGAACUACUGCAAUUAUGCCGAAAUACAGUAGUAAAUCAAGAUAAGGUAGAUAACGGUUUUCGUUGGUAUGUGCCAAAACUUCUUCUGUUAAAAGGAAUUUUAACAAUUCCUCUUACUGGUAAUCUUGAACACGCUAGAGAGUAUAUUGAUGAAGCAGCAAAAAUUGUGUAUGAAUUUCUUCGUAGAAAACAACCAAUUUUAGAUGGACUCGUUCCUCGUAAACAAGAACCUGAACUUGGUCUCUUUAUGCUUGCACAAGCAGAGAUAGCUGCUCGAAUUUUUGAUUGGUCAGUGGGUAUAAAUGAAGUGGAUAAGGAUGUUCUUGAAAAGUUUGAAGCGGCAGCUAAAUUCUACUCUGCUCCAUACAAUACUACAUUAGAUGCAGAUGGAAUUAUGUCAACCGAACAUUUAGAUGAGCGAAAGUUUGAAGUUGAUGCAUAUACAUCUUGUAUGUUAAGCUAUGGUACUUUUUUGUUGAAUGCCCCUCGACCAUCAGGUGUAUCAAGUCGUGAUUCCCCUGUUUUUCUCCCAAAACAAAUUUUUUCAAUGUCUCCUAUCGCAACAGUGGAAACAUCAUCUAAUCUUAUUUUUGCAGAUGUUCACCGAUUGGUCCCUAUGACAGUUGAUGUGACUCGUAAGCGAACAGGUGAAUCACUUGAACGGGCAUUGCAGCUUAAUCGCGCCAUGUACCCAAAUCAUAAACAAAAUCCCAAGGCAGGAUGGAUAUUGUUGGCAAUGGCAUCUUUGUAUGCUGAUAUGCGGGAUUACCUAUACGCAACUGGACUCUUUGCUUCAGCAGAGAAAACCCUCGUGGAGAAUUAUGGCAAUAACUCACUGGAGAGACUUUUUGCUCUAACACUGCGUUAUGAGUUCUUGGCAGGUGUGGGUUCAGAGCAGGAAGCUAAAACGGCUGGACAUGAAGUGGUGCAAUUAUUGAAACAAAUGGAUAGUAUUUCUCGUGAAUAG